GAGAGGAAGCAGCUUCUUCAAUGUGGCAGGGCCUUUGUUUCUUGCAUCAGCCCCUUAAGUUCCAUGCGUGUUCGCUGCUGCCUCUCCUGUGCUUUUGGGAAGUCCAAGUGUCUCUGCCGCAGCCUCUGUCGCCCUGUGACCUGCAGGGACUGCAAGAUCUGUAAGGCGAAUGCUGGUACAACGCGGAAGCGGAGAAAUGGAACUGUUGACAUUCAGGGACGUGGCCAUAGAAUUCUCUCCAGAGGAGUGGGAAUACCUGGACCCUGCUCAGCAGAAUCUGUAUAGGGAUGUGAUGUCAGAGAACUACAGAAACCUGGUCUCUGUGGGAGGAGGCCGUGCAUCUAAGAGACCCAGCAUGCUGUUGCUGUGGGAUCUGGAGCAUAAGAAGAGGAUGCAACAGCGUCAGCAAAAGUACAGCAGGGGGAACAAGCACAGGCCCCACCAGCUGGAGCAUCCCCAAGGGAGAUGAGGGAUGGGUCACACCCAGUCAUUUCCCCCAAAGGAUCAACAUGGUGGCCUUUGAAACCAGCCAGUAUUCAGAUGCAGAAAAUAUACAACUUUGAUUCAUUUUUCACAUCAGAAACAAAAAUUAACUCAAACUAGA